AUGAUUGCGGGCCGAAACACCAAUUCAGUUAUCAAUAGAUGCAGCAUGGACGAGAAGCGUGUGCCAAAGCAGCCUGGCCCCCACGCCGACGGGCAGCGCCAAAAUCAAGUUGUUGGAGCGAUGCAGCGCGCGCGGCAAGAGGACCAAAAGCUCUCAUGCGACCAACAAACCACGAGCGAUCCAGCAACACCGUCAUGGUCGUUGGAGGCUCACCUUCGUGGCGCGCGGCAGAUCAUGGAGGCAAGCUCUCUGACAGCAUUCAAUGGUAGCGCCCUGAACGCGAACAGCAUGAAGGCCGCACUACCUGCGAUACCAGCCUCUGGGACUGUAUACCCUUCCUGGGGUUCGGGGUGGAAACAGGUGGCGCAGCAGACGAAACAGCAGCAGCAGCAGCAGCAGCAGCAGCAGCAGCAGCAGCAGCAGCAGCAGCAGCAGCAGCAGCAGCAGCAGCAGCAGCAGCAGCAGCAGCAGCAGCAGCAGCAGCAGCAGCAGCAGCAGCAGCAGCAGCAGCAGCAGCAGGGGCAGGGGCAGCAGCAGAUGCAGAUGCAAGCGCAGCCGCAACAGCAGAAGCAUCAGCAGCAGAAGGAGGGGCAGUGGAAGGGGCAGCAGCAGCAGCAGCAUCAGCGGCAGAAGGAGGGGCAAUGGAAGGGGCAGCAGCAGCAGCAGCAGCAACCGGGGCAGGGACAGGGACAGGGGCAGGGGUUCAUGCACCUGCUUACCAGACCCUUGGGAGCUGACCAGUUUGGCCAGGGGCAAACACCGCUGGUGACACAGCCCUACAGUCAGUCCAAGGAUGUCCCCUCGGUACCAGCUUCGGCGUUAGUUCCGAAAGUGCACCUGCCAUUCCACCCGCACGCGCAAUGGGUGCAAGACACUCUGCAUCUAGACCAGAUUCAACAGCAGCAGGAGCCACAGCUACAAUUGGAGUCUCAGCCAGUGCAGCAGCCACAAGGGCAGCUCAGGCUGGACCAACUGUCGGCGCAGCUACAGCCACUACUGCAGGGACAGGCGCAAGCCGUCACACAAGAUAUCGAAAGCCAAUCCUCUCCGGAGUCCACACGCAAGCGCACCAUACGCAGCCGGAACUACACCCAACCAGGGAAGUACCGUGGAGUGAGGAAGCGAGGGGAGGGUCGGUUCAUCGCCGAAAUAAAAGACACGACUUUCGGAGUGCGCAAGUGGCUGGGGACGUUUGCCACUGCAGAGGAAGCUGCCCUGGCGUUUGAUCGGGCCGCAGUGCAGAUUCGAGGGACAAAGACGAAGCUUAACUUUCCUGAGUUGUUUGGAGAAGACGGAGCAGCUGAACUGGCGCCUGCAGAACAAGCAGCUAACAAAAGGGGGAAAGGUUCUGCAGAGGAGGAUAUGGAAACGACUAGCCUGGGGGUGAGGAUGUGUGUCGAGCAGGUCAAGCAGGAAACCACAUGCCAAUCAGGCAAUCAGGCGGCAGCUGUGCGAUUGGGUGAAAAUGGAGCUUGCCAAAGGCCGUACGGAGAGGCAACGAAUAUGCUGUUACAGCCAGGGGGUUGCAAAGCUGUAGCGGCAGCACAAGCGAUAUCCGACACGGACGUGGUUGGGGUGGCGACGCGCGCCGAUAGCAGCACUGUGAGUGGAAGCAGCUCGAGCAGAGCUGGCCCUUCCACCUCGUCUGCCUCCGCACCUGCUUCCAUCCUCUCCCUCCCUCCGGCCAUGUUUCUCCCUGGAGAGCCGUGCUCCAGCUUCAACGCGGACCAUGGCGCUUCUGCAGGCCUGGCGCCUGAUACGCUGUUCACAGAGGGUGUCGAAAGUGUGCUGGCUGCUGUUGCUGGUGCUGGCGUUGGUGAUGGCGGUGUGAAGGAGGAAUGCUUUCAGGAGGAAAUCCUGUUGGAAGAGGUCAACAGUGGAGGUUUGGAGCCUUUGCCAGAAGCAAUAGUUCAGAAGGAGAGAAUGGAUCUUGCAACUGAAUUCGGAUUUGAUGCGGCGUUCCGGAUAGAAGAUCUGGCCUUUUAUUUUCACUCGCCUCACCCCCAUCCACAGCUCCAAUCUUCACCACUACCAUCGCCCCAGCAGCAGGGAGAAUGGCGGUGGCAUCAGCAGCAGCAGCAGCAGCAGGGGCAGGAGGAGCCGCAGCAGCAGCAGCAACAGCAGCUGCAGCAACAGCAGCUGCAGCAACAGCAGCUGCAGCAGCUGCAGCAACAGCAGCAACAGCAGCAACAGCAGCAACAGCAGCAGCAGCAGCAACAGCAGCAACAGCAGCAACAGCAGCAGCAGCAGCAGCAGCAGCAGCAGCAGCAGCAGCAGCAGCAGCAGCAACAGCAGCAACAGCAGCAACAGCAGCAGCAGCAGCAACAGCAGCAACAGCAGCAACAGCAGCAGCAGCAGCAGCAACAGCAUCCACAGCAGCAACAGCAGCAGCAGCAGCAGCAGCAGCAGCAGCAGCAGCAACAGCAGGGGCAGGAGCUGCAGCAGCAGAAGCAGGAGCCGCAGCAGCAGCAGGUGCAGCAGGAACCACAAAUGGUGCAGCAGAAACAGUCCAUGCAGGAUGAGAAGGUACCCCCGGCUAUUCUUGCAUCCACACACCCACUACAGUCGUGGGCCAUCACUGCUGCCAUGCCCCUCUCCGCAUCCAUGGCUCACCGCAGCAGCCCCCCACGCCGAGGCAUGUCAAGUAAAACAAUGGUGCGAGUGGAAGCAGCAGAAGAGCCUAGCGGCAGCACGAGCACUGGAGGCAGCAGCGGCAGUGACUGCAGCAGCAGCGGCAGCGGCAGUGGCAGCGGCAGCAGCAGGCCCAUGGAUUGCAGGACCGCCCCUCGACCAAUAUCUGAGGCAGGAGAGUCCAGCAAAGCAUCCGAGCUUCUUCCACCUCAUCAUUCUGCUGCCAUAAACGUCUCGUGGGACGAGUCUCCCCAAGAGGGUCAGCUGAGUGAAGGGGCUCAACACGUUGUGGCUGCAUUGGAGGCGAUGUUCCCCGGGCUGCCAGACCAUGCAGACAAGGAACAGCCACCACGAGAGCAUGGGGCGUCUCCAUAUGAUGCAGUGCAGAAUGAGAUGCUUGAUGCUAUCAUGCACACUGGAGGGCUGCUGCGUGGGAUGAAUCAGCAACACAUGCAUGAAGCGGUGUUGGGUCCGCCAUGGGAUCAGCCGCACGGUAGCACAGCAGUGCAGGCAGCAUGGGACCAAUCUGCGAGCGCAUGGAGCACAGAGGCCGUUGGGAGUUUGGCUCUGAGCAACGCCGAUCUGCUUGGCGUGCACGAGGCGCAAGGCAUGGACGUGCCGUGGCACGGUGACGUGCAGUUCACUACUGCCGGCAUGUCUGCAGGGAAAGAUGGUCCUGCUAUCCGCCAAGCAGGUGGUGGAGCCAAGCAACGCCCCUCACGAGCUACCAUGUCAGACUUGCCCUGA